GUGCAAUGCAAAAUGUAUUCAAACUUUUCAAUUGGUGGACACAAUUACAUGAAUAAACAUAUGUAAUAUACGAGAUACGUUUUAUUCCUUUCCCCACCAUUAUAUCAACGUUUCUCCAACGUUUUUCGUGUUUCAUAUAGGUUGUUCAUGUUUUAUAUAGGUUGUUCAUAUUUCGUUUAACGUUCUUAUACAUGUUUCAUUUAGUGUUUCACAUUUCACGUACGCCAUGUACGUUAACGUUAUGUUUAACGUUUCGUUCUUGUACAACGUUGCUGCGAAAACGUGUCGUGACAUGUAAUAACGAUGAUGAUGCAAUUAUUGAAAAAGGGGGAAGCAUCCCCUCUCCUAUAAAAAAUUCAGAAGCAUAAACGUGUCGAGACAUGUUCAAGGCUACCGAUUAAAUUAUUGGAAAGAGGGGGAACUUCCCCUUCUCCUUCUUAGAAAAUUCCAGUAACAUUAAUUACAAAAACGUCAUGUGCAACGUUGUCGGACCGUGAAAAACGUGUCGUGACAUGUUCGAGUGAUAACAAAGAAAUUACUGAAAAGAGGGGGACUUCCCCUUCUACAUUUAAAAAAACAAAUUCAGAACUAUUAAUCGCAAAAAGUCUCACGAUUUGCAAUCAGUCUUGCAUCAGUUGCUCGUGCGAACGGUUCAGACAACGCAACGCUCUUGAAAUAAGCGCAAUGGCACUUUAUUACGUUCCGAUCGAAGCGUGCAAUAAAUCCACGUCUUCAGAUUCGCGGUAUACACCGCGCAUUCUAAGCAGAAGGUUCCCGUUAACCUUAACAUCAUACAAAUGGAUUGAUAUUGACAUCAGCGUGACAUCAGUUUCAUGCUUCGUGGAGAUAUCGCUCGGCGAUACACGCGGCAACCGGAUUAUUCUACCAUACAGAACAUGGAGAACUCUGAUCGAGAAACGUGUUGACAUCGAGCGAUUUGUCCAGUCAACGGAGACAUCAUCAUCGAUAACGAUACACGACCUUAACGUGCAACUUGUUAAACUGAACGAACAAAGUAUUGUUAAAUUAACGUUGCACGAUGCAUGUAUUUAUCUCAAGCCUGCAACCGUGCUAUUCUUAUACAAGCUAGAGCAUUGCGUUGAACAUGUAUAUUUUACGUUGUAUCAAAGCAUCGCUAUCGUGACUGAGAAAUUUAAAUAUUUCGUAAACUUUUUGCGUCAAAACUGUGUCGUAAAUAAACGCGAAGCUAUACAUAUGUUGCACAAAUCUUACGAUAAGAGUUCGCAGAUCGAGUGCAAAUUUAAAUUUGCUUAUGCUAUUGAUAUUUUAUUCUUUCCCUCUCCCAGCAUCCUCCAUCCCCACAGCGGAUACAUACCGCUGUAUUGCGCGGGUGAUUCCACCUCUCAGAAAGUCCCCGCGCCAUUUUGCCUACCUAUCCACAUCUUCUUUGUCUAA